CGAAAGACACUCCACCGUUAGACCUCCACUCUUCGAUGGAACAAACUAAACCUAUUGGAAGAAACGAAUGAGGAUUUACAUUCGGUCAAUCAACUUCCAACUGUGGUUAAUCAUCAAAAAAGUUGAGACGACGCCAAUGAAAAAUGUUGGUGAAACCACCAUCCCAAAGGAGGAAGAAUAUGAUGCUGAAGACAUCAAGAAGGUAGAAGCUUUUGAAAAAGCUAAACACGUGAUUUUUUGUGCAAUUAACCCAGAUGACUACCGGAAAAUUUAUUCUUGCUCCACUGCAAAAGAAAUGUGGGAUAAGCUUGAAGUGACAUACGAAGGUACGCCUCAAGUCCGUGAAGCUAAAAUUGAUUUUCUAACCCAUGAAUAUGAGUUGUUUAAAAUGAAGGAAAUUGAAAGCGUUGAUCAAAUGUUGGACCGAUUUUUAAAGAUCAUCAACGAUCUCCAUGUCCUUGGUAAAACAUACUCGAACAAAGAUCUUGUUCGAAAAAUCCUUUGGAGCUUAACACCGGAAUGGCGUUCAAAAGCCGAUGCCAUAUAUGAGUCGAUUGGUAACACCAAUGUCACCAUCUAUGGUCUUCGAGGUAAUCUUAAAACUUAUGAAUCUACUGUUCUUAAACCUUCUCUUCACAAGAGUCCUCGUCUCGCUCUCAAAGCCUCAUCCUCAAAAAGGGUAGAGGUAAGUGACUCCGAUAGCGAUGACGAUAAUCCUUCUUAUAACUUGCUCGAGAAGUUCCAAGAGUUUUUGAAGGAAGAACUUAGGUCCCGAGAUUGCAAAGGAAAGGGGGAACCCGUUCCAACGUGCUUUGGUUGUGGAGAACUUGGCCACAUAAAGCCAUAUUUCCCAAACUGCAAGGAAAAGAAGAAGGAACGAGCAUACAUGGCAUGGGAUUCAGAAAGUUCCGGUGACGAAACCGCCACCUUAUGUCUUAUGGCUCAUGAACGAAAUGGAGAGGAAAGUCAAAGCCAAAACAGCGAUGUUCACUAUAUGAACAGCGAUGUUAGGCUAAAAUUCUGUAGACCAACUUUGAUUUGAUUUCCACAAAUCAUGCCAUUAAACCCCAAUCAACUCCCAUCCGUUACACAUCAUUUUUGGGUAUAAAUAGGGGUCUUUUCGGUCUACUUUUAACAUCCAUUCCUCACACAUUUCAUAGCUUUACAUUGCAUCAUUCCAUAAACUUUUUACAUAGCUUUUUAGAGCCAUUUCUUGAGGAAUUGAGUGUGUUCUUGAUCUAAAUUAGUUUACUCAUA